AGAGGAGCAGGUGAGAAGCUGGAGCACACAUCCAGGGUCCAAAAAGCAAACAACAACAACAAAACAAAACAAAAAACACUGACCAGAACAAUUGUCUCCUGAGGCCCAUCCAAGGAAUGAGCCAUGAUGGUCUGCUGGGCAACAUACUCUGGCCUGUUUCCCAGAAUGCUCUGGGCCCUCCUUCUGCUGGCAGCCUCCCUGAAUGCUUAUAAUAAAGAGUGGGACGAACCCAGUUGCACUGUGCCUGAGGUGUCUGCAAAGAGAGGUGACCGCGUGGUGAUGGCCUGCAACAUCUCUAACACCUUUAGAGAUGUCACCAUAACUUUGACUGCCGGUGAAGAGACUAGAACCAUCUUCAAAAAAAUGCCUCCAGGAAACUACUCUAAGGACUCAUGGCAACUUCAGAUUCAAGGAGGCCAAGCCCAGCUGGUGAUCACAGAUGCUCAGGACAUCCACGCAGGGGAGUACUGGUGGAAGCUGAGUGGAUUCCAGAAAAAUUUCACAAACUUCACCCUGGAUGUUACUGGUCUAGCCACUGACAACCAGAAACCAGAGAGCUUGCCAGUCAUUGCUGAGCCCCAAACUGCAGUCAGGACAAAAGCUGUCUCCGUCAUCAUCAUCAUCACCGCCCUCACCAUCAUCGCAGGAAUGAGUGCAUUUGCUUGGUACAAGCACCGCCGUUCCCUGAAGCUCCGAGGAUACAAAUUCCAGCAGAUACAAACACCAGUACCUGGUCUGAGUCAUGGGUCCCCUGGUGGCCCCUACCUGAUACUGCCCUAAAGUCUCCCAAUCCCUGCCCCAAAAAGAUACGUAAGAAGCCCUGUUAGCUCCAAACAACAGACUACAGAGAACCUCACCUGACAAUCCAAGCCCUGACUUGGGACAAGGUCACAGGAGCUCUCUGUCCCCAAGCCCUCAUUUUGACCUUAGGACACCCAGAGGUCAGAAUGGGGUCUGUACUCCUCAGGUUCCUCCCAAGACUCUAGGGAAAUUCACACUGAGGGCAGAGCUGUGGUUUUUAAUUGAGGAUGCCCUGGAAAUUGACCGAGCCCCUCCUGUACUCAAAACGUAGACUCUGUUGGAAUUUGAGAUACAUCAAAGUAUUUGAGACUAUCCCAAGUGUGUGUGGUGUCUGUUUAUCUGUGUAAGCUCUCUGUGCUGGAGUAUCUGUGCCUUACACAGGCCUGAGCCAGGAUCUCAGGCAACUUCUCCCUCUCCUCUCCUCUUCCCUUUCUUUCAUAUUUCUUUCCUUUCUUCCUCCCUCUCUGUCUCCCUCUCUCUCCAGAUGAGGAGGCUCUAAGCUUUAUGGGUGAUAGGAUCCUGAGGGGAGCCCCCUGCAGAAUGGAUCUCUAUUCUUGGAGGAUCCAGAGCAAUGCCAACACCAUGGAUUUGGAGCCCCUGGAGCCCCCAUUACCCUGCGAACAUUCAUGGACCUAUCACCACCCACUGGCAACAGCAAGGAAGAGCCUUGUUUGUAUUUGCUAGACACAGUAACCCAUGUCCGACGCCUGGGGAGAGGCACGGGAUCCCACCAUGUCCUAAGCAGAGACUGGGACAUCAGGUCACCAGAAACAGGCCUCAUAAGCGAUGAUCUGGGCCUCUCUCUGACUCUCAAUAACACACUUUCCCCUGUGAUCGCUGGUUGCUCACUCUGCUCCUCUACUUUUACCAAAAUUGGGGAAAUUCCAAGUAGCACAGCCUUUGGCCCUCAGGGCUUAUUCCCUCUGCCUUUUAAAGGGGAGGCCUGAGCUCCUUCCUUGCUAAACUCACUCCACUUCCCUAUGGUCUCCGGUGCCUUCAGGAGCUUGUGGGAGAUUCCGUACCAGCUUUGCUCCAGGUCCACAGAGCGUGUCUUCUAACUCACAGUACCUUCACAGGUCCUGUUGUUAGGGCCCAAGAUGAUGCACCACCGCACUCCUACCACAAGGGGGUGGUGUGGGCCUAUACGCGGGGAGCCCUCAGGGACAAGGAGCUCAUUGAGGGGGCAGAGGCCCGCUAGUGGGCACUGCUUUUUUAGGGGGACAGCUGGGCCCUCGGAACUCCUCGUGAACCUCUCUCAUUGUAGACCCUCUCCCUGACUUCCUACUUACCUCCACCCUCACCUGCUGUUCCUCUUGGGCCCAUUAUCUUCCUUGUAAUACCAACUCGAAUAAUUUCAUCUUCUAUACACUAUAACUCAUUCUUCAGUAAAACACUUCAUGAUGCAAAUUGUUAAAUAUAGUAAAUCAACAAUUCUAUAAAGCCA